UGUGGAAUCUUCCCCUUUUUUGGGUGAUAAAAAGCUAAUUUGAUUAAAAAAAAUUAGCCUCGGGGAAUCUUCCUUAAAGCUGGGUGCUUUCCUUCUAAAAAAUUGAAAUCGCCCCCAGUUUAGGGCCUGCAUGCUGCAUACAGCUUACCUCAUUUAAUAUCUUUAGCUUGUUUAGACGUGUAUAAAUACCUAUGCUUGUAUGCUUGAAGUAUAUACCUUAGUACUCCUCAUUUCCCUUCCUUUUUGGGCAUGUUAAGGAAGGAGCUUGGGACUGAAAAAAAAGUCAACAAUGUGGACAUUGUUGAGUUCUGAUGGAAAGAGUUUUAAUGCAGUAGCCCUCAGGAAUGAUGUUGCAACCGCCAGCCACCAUCCUAUGAGAUCCAUGGAAGGACUUCCAGAUACUUUUCGACCCACCAACCCCGGCCAUAGCCCCGGUAUUGGUCAUGACAUCAAAAACUAGGAUAUAUUAAAACCUGCACCUUAAGUUUAGUCGUUUGUAUUGUUAGUUCAAGGAUAGUUAUUGUACAAGCUGCAAGUACUUACUUCACGAAUGCCAUUGUCAGGGUUAUGCUGUUGUUUCCAUAUAUGGUAUCUAGUCUCUGUAGUGGCUUGUACGUUGUAUCCCUUCUAAUUCUUAUCAACAAAGUCUGCUUUGUCUUCAUUGUCUUAAUGCCUAAUAAACUUCCAUGUAUAUACUUACAAUUUAUGCUUUGCUUACAUGUAUGCUUGAUAGUAAAAUAAGGAAACUGAAGAUGGUUCGUGAGAGUAAAGAUGGAACAGUUUA